AUGCCGGAUUUGCGGUUGCUGAGGUCUUGUUUGACGUCGAUGUGGCGUUGGACGUGCCGGACGCAAGUACACUCUUCCGAAAAUUGUGUGCCACUGCCACCCCCAACUUUACUCAGGAACGCAAGAACAUGGUGGCCUUCAGCUACGGCGUGCGUUCGUCACCAAAGCGACAACUCAUGUACGGCUCUGCAGCUGGAGGAGGAUAUGCUGCUUGAGCCAUCACUGAAUUUAUUCGGCUGGGCGCCAAAAAGGGCAUUUUUGCCCUCUCAUGCCACGUCAUUGGGUCAACAGAGCACCGCGCAGACCUCCUUGACGCCGACAAGGAGCUCGGGGUUAUUGUGGGCUCCGUGA